GACUGUUAAUAUAACUGUAUACGUAUAAUCUAACACCAGUAACCAGCAACCAUCAACAAGCAUACAUUCACAUGCUGGUUCGUGGCUGAUGCUGAUUCGACGACUUACCGCGUUCCCAGUUCCCAGUAGAGUAGACGGUACCAAGUCCGGCUAACCAUCCACAUCCAUUCUUUACAUAUAAUACGAUAUGUGUUAGCAUUAUUACCACCGUCAGCAAACAUGUUAUUGUGAUAGCACACUUUUUUCAGUAUCAUACACUACUGCGUUACACUCAGCACGUUCGGUGAUAAACUUUACCUUUAAAGUCAUUUCACAAAUAUUUUUGGACUUGUAGUUUUAUUGAAACGUCGAACCGGCUUACAUUCAUCAUCAUCAUCAUCAUCAUUGGGAGUCUAGUUCUGAUAAAAAACAAAACAAAAAAUUAGUAUAUCAAUAAAAUAUUUAAAUAGGACAAUAAAAAUUUUUUAAAAGCAUUAUUGCUUUUUUUUUUUUACUAAGAUUUAGAUAAAAAAUAUAUUAGUGUAAUAUGAAGUCGUGUUUGCUGAUAUUUAUCACUGCCACGGUGGCAAUCGUAUCAGCUAAUGCUGAAGAUUGCAAAGGAUGUGUUCCACUGGAUACUAUAACGUUUGAUAAAGUAAUUAGCAAAUUCAAAGCUGCGGUGGUAAAGUUUGAUGUGGCAUUCCCAUUUGGAAAUAUGCAUGAAGAAUUUGGAUCUGUUGCUGAGACGACCAAAGAUGUUGAGGAUCUUCUUGUUGCUAUUGUUGGGGUCAAGGAUUUUGGAGAUAAGGACAACGCAGACUUGGCUAAGCGAUUUGACGUUGAUAAAAAGGACUUUCCGGUGGUACUUUUAUUUGUACAGGGACAGACAAAACCCAUAAAACUGUUGAGUAAAGAGAAUGAACAAGAUUUCACGAGUACUAAUAUCAAAAGAUUGGUCAGAGCUAAAACUGGAAUUUAUUUGGGACUGCCUGGUUGCGUUGAAGAACUAGACAGACUCGCUGAAGAAUUCAAAACAGCUGAUGAGAAGGAGAGACAAGAAAUACUAAGCAAGGCUCGAGACUUGGAGACGACUCUUCCACACCAACAUCGACUUCCGGCAAAGGUUUAUGUGAAGAUGAUGGAGAAAAUACUGGAAAAGGGCGACGAGUUCGUUCAAUCAGAGCACACGAGAAUAGAUGGUUUGCUUAAAGGAAAAUUGUCCAAUGACAAGAAACGCACAAUGGAAGAGAAGAAAAAUAUUUUACAGUCUUUCGCUCACAAAGACGAAUUAUAAAUUUAUUUAUUUUUAUUUUUUAAUUACGGUUGGCUA